AUGGCUUGCACGCGUGUGCAGCAGCUUGAGCUAGAAUACGAACGGGUCCUGCGAAUAAGUGUUGAAGAACUGGAUCUUGAGCACGCAGUCUAUAUAUAUGAAGGGGGUGAAACGUUAUCACAACUCCGGGAACAACUCGCGUUGCUUCCGGAUAUCGAAGCGUUUUCUCCGAAGUGUGAUAUCGAUUCAGCCGACGUUGGUGAAUCUGGGACGAGUACUUCGAAAGAUGAGCAAAAAUUGCGAGCGAUUCUUAAGUAUCAUCAAACUAUCGUUUUAGGAAAUGGGAAUGCGGUUAGAGCCCCGACGCGAGGUGUAACCUGUGAUUUGGAUGCCGGAGAGACGAAUCCCGUCGCCCAGCGUCCCCGAUCUGUUGCACCACAUUUGUCGAUCAAAGUGUAUGAGCUGUUGAAGAAACUUUUGGAAACCCGACUCAUCGGGCAUUCAGAAUUACCAUGGACGUCACCUAUUAUGAUCGUCCUCAAAAAAAUGGUGUGGAUAUUCGGAUGUGUGUCGCCUACCGAGUUGUUAAUGGAUUCAUCACAUUGUCGAAUUAUCCUCUACCGCAGACCGAUGGUCUGCUGGUUGGAUUUGAGGAUGUUAUGUGAUUUAUGA